AUGCGGACUGCCCUGGAGAGAGAGCUGCGUAAGGAAAUACGUGAUGUGAAAACAAGUCUAGACUUUUUUAAUAAGCAGUUUGAAGAAAUUUCGGCUCUGUGCUCGCGGCUUGAAAAAGAAAACGGUGAGCUAAAGGCUCAAAAUGAUGUUCUGAAGACUGAUUGCAGUCAGCUGAAGCAGGUCGUUCUCAACAAUGAACGUAGGACUACCGCCCUAGAACAGUACUCGCGAAACCGAAAUAUUGAAGUGAAAAAUGUUCCUUUCGUGGAGGGUGAACGGUUGACCAGGGUCGUUCAGAAGAUUGGUGAAGCUGUCGGCGAAUCAGUGAAAGAAGAUGACAUAGAAAUUUGCCAUCGCGUGACUGCUAAGGAUGCAUCUUGCCCUCAUAUUGUUGUGCAGUUCAACAACCGGUCUAAGCGAGACGCAGUUCUGGAAAAGGCGAAAAAGUUGCGCUUAACGACAGCUGAUAUUGGUUUCCCAGGAAAGACAUUUGUCUACGUCAAUGAACACCUAUGCCCACAGUUAAAAAAGCUACUGGGACAAACUGUAGCGCGCAAGAAGGAAGCCGAAUGGCGAUUUGCCUGGACGAAAGGUGGCAAAAUUUUUGCGCGAAAGGAUGAGAAGUCGAGGGUGCUUCAAAUAACUACUGAGAGCGAUCUCGAAAAGAUUGUUUAA